AUGCGAUUGGCUACCUGGAACCUUGGUUCCCUGACUGGCAGAGGCACGGAACUCAGCGAUGUCUUAAAGAGACGUUGCAUCGACGCAUGUUGUUUACAAGAGACCAGGUGGAAGGGGUCAAAAUCAAGAAUACUCGGAAACGGCUACAAACUUCUAUACCAUGGUACCACCAACGGCAGAAAUGGAGUUGGCAUAGUGCUAUCUGAGAAAUUUACCCAGAGAAUAUUACACGUCGAAAGGGUCAGCGACAGACUUAUGGCAGUGAAGAUCGCCUUAGAGGGUCAGCCAUGCACGAAUAUAAUCAGUGCAUAUGCACCACAAGCAAAUUGCAGUGAGGAUGAUAAAGACGCAUUCUGGGAAGACCUUAACACAUUCAUCAGUGAAAUCCCAGAGGACGAAAGCCUAUACCUUGGUGCAGAUCUAAACGGUCAUGUGGGUGAAAAUAAUAUCAACGCUGAGCAAUGGCAUGGCGGUUUUGGCUUUGGCACCCGCAAUGCGGACGGUGACAGAAUCCUAGAGUUUGCAGCGAGAAACGAACUUGCCAUUGUGAACACAUACUUUAAAAAGAAGAUAGACCACCUAGUAACAUAUCGAAGCGGAAGACAUAUGACCCAAAUAGACUAUGCCCUUGUAAGGCGAAAACAUCUUGGCAAAAUUAGGGACUGUAAAGUAAUCCCAGGAGAGGCGUUGACCUCUCAGCACAGGCUAUUAAUAUCAGUUCAAGAGCUAAAUAAACCUGUCAAGUGCAGCAACAAACAAAUCCCGAAAAUUAAGUGGAAAUCCCUAAAUACCGUCAUGGGAUCGAAAUUUGUCCAAGACAUGGAAGCGUACUUUGAAACAAAGAACACUUCAAAGGUAGAAACAGCAAAUGAUAUGUGGAAUGAUUUCGAAACAUUCUGUAGAUUAACCGCAGAAACACAUUUAGGGAGAACCAGGUGCAAGAGAGCCCCCUUCAAAGAGACCAAAUGGUGGCAACAAUCCGUCAAAGAUGCUGUGCAAGCCAAAAAGCUCGCAUUUAAGAAAUGGCAGGAGACCGGCGACGACACGGAUAAAGCAGAUUACAACAGAGCGAAAUCCAACGCAAAACGCGAAGUGGCAAUCGCACGCGCUAAAGCUGAGGCUAACUUCUACAAAGAAUUAGAAUCUUCCACUACAGAAAUCAAUAUUCAUAAAGUCGCAAAAGAUCGAAACAGAAAAAGUAAGGAUAUAACCUCAGCCAAAUACAUCACAGAUAAAAACAACAAACUACUAACAGAAGAUAAUGACAUAAGAGAAAGAUGGGCAGAGUACUACCGUCAUUUGCUUAAUGUAACUAAUCCCAGAAAUUUAAAUCAUGAAAAUCCAUCGCCAGUUCUAGGUCCAACAGCAGAAGUCACGACGGGGGAAAUCAUCAAAGAGAUUAGAAAUAUGAAAAACAACAAAGCUCAAGGCCCAUCAGAGAUACCAAUAGAAGUGUGGAAACAUACAGGGCACCGUGGCAUCGACUGGCUAAGGAAGUUGUUUAACAGGCUCAUAGCAGGACAAAAAAUACCAGACGCCUGGAGAAGAAGCCAUUUAAUACCGUUUUACAAGGGAAAAGGUGAUGUACGUGACUGUGGGAAUUACCGAGCAAUAAAGCUCAUGGAUCACACAUUUAAACUAUGGGAGAGGAUCAUCAACAGCAGACUAAAUUGUAUCGUGAAGCUCACUCCUAAUCAGUGCGGGUUCGUUGCGGGAAAAGGUACUUCUGACGCCAUUCAGGCUAUACGAAUCCUGAUUGAGAAGGCCAAACACAACAGCACAAACCUUCAUAUGAUAUUUAUUGACCUUGAAAAGGCAUUUGACCAUGUACCACGAGACCUUAUAUGGGAGGCUCUACGUGCCCAGCUUAUCCCAGAGGUUUACAUCAACCUUAUUAUGGACAUGUACGCAGACGUCACUACUCAGGUCAUUUGCCCGGCAGGUAUGAGCGACAGCUUCGAGCUCAAGGUCGGAGUACACCAGGGCUCCACACUUAGUCCACUUCUCUUUAAUGUUACGAUGGAUUAUCUUACACAAAAAUGCCAACGGACUGUUCCCUGGCACCUUCUAUAUGCUGACGACGUGGCCUUAAUAGCAGAGACUGAGACUGACCUUCAGCGCGAUCUGAAUAGCUGGGUAGAUGCAUUAGAGGGUCACGGUCUAAAAAUCAGUCGGAAGAAGACCGAGCACAUGUCCUGUCUGUUUGAUACAACGGCAAAUAACCCAGAAAACGUCAGAUUCUAUAUAGGAACUGAUCGCCUGCCAACUGUCACAAAGUUUAAAUAUCUUGGCUCCGUACUCAGCAGCGACGGAAAGAUUGACAGCGAUAUAGUCCAUAGAACUCAGACUGGCUGGAUGAAAUGGCGAGAGCUCACUGGCGUCUUAUGUGAUAGAAAAAUACCCUUGAAGGUGAAGGGUCAUGUGUAUAAGACGGCAGUUAGACCAGCGUUGUUGUACGGAUCCGAGUGUUGGGCCACUAAUAAAGCCCAUUUGAAUAAACUCCAUACAACAGAGAUGCGCAUGCUACGCUGGUCGGCGGGUGUCACCAUGAUGGACAAAAUCAAGAAUGUGUAUAUUCGGGGAAGUUUCAAGGUAGCACCAAUAACCGAAAAGCUGACGGAAAAACGUCUGAGGUGGUACGGCCAUGUACAGAGGCGUCCAGAAAACUACAUGGUUAAGGUAGCGCUCGAGAUUCCAACGAGAAAGCGAGGACCAGGAAGACGCCCGCCCACCUGGCUGACGACGGUUCAACGAGACCUGAAAGACCACAAUAUAGACGCCGAUCUUGCGCUCAAUCGUGCAGAAUGGAAGAAAAGGACGGGGAAGGCCGACCCCAAGUAAAUGGGACAAAGGCCUAGCAAGAUGAUGAU